ACACUUUCCCUCUCACCUCUUCUGGGGAUAAUCACAGGACUAGUUUCUGUACGUGCAGCAUUAUGCACGCUUCGGAUGCUGUAGAGCCGACCAGCAGGAGUGGAUCACCAUGAGGGGGGGUCACCACCAACAAGGGUGUGGGUGUCAGCACCUGUUCAGAAAAGUUCUCAGUGACUGUGGAUGCUGCUUUGUCCCAGGCAGAGCUGAGAUGUACUCCGCGGCAGGCAGUGAAGGCAGCAUCUCUCCAUCGGUGGGAUCUGCAGCUCUCCAGGCCUCAGGCAGCACCAGCCCCUGCUCGCGUGCCUCUUCUGGAGGAUCACGACACCCUGUCAGUGCCCUGAAGAAAUGGCUCACCAAUCCCGUCCGGAAGCUGAGCUCUGAUCCCAGAAGCGGAGCGGGGAAAGCUGAGAAGCAGAUGUUCAAACCAGAUGGGAAAGAGCAGACAUUGCCUCUGUCCAACAGUGAGACUCAGCAAAGUUCUCUGGAAAUGAACAAAAACUACACCAUCAUGUCUUCUGAUCAGAAAGACAUGGAGUGGAAAGGUCACACAGAUCCACCUCCGUCUCAGCAGAGUUUUUCAUGUGACCUCCUGCAAAGCAAAGAGUCCCAGAGUCUGAGUCAGACGUCCACUAUGAACACUCUGCCUGGUGAGGAGAACUGCACGGCGGCUGAGGACUCGAGCAAUCCAUGCUCUGCUGCUGUGGACAGCGAGGAAGAGAAAAACACUGCCUUGGAGAAAAGCUUAUAUGUUCUGGCAGAGCUGAUCGAGACAGAACGGCUGUAUGUUGAGGAUCUGGGGCUCAUAGUUCAGGGCUACAUGACCAUGAUGACCAGUCAGGGAGUCCCAGAGGACAUGCGAGGGAAGGACAGGAUUGUGUUUGGAAACAUCCACCAGAUCUACGACUGGCAUAAAGAUUAUUUCCUGGCAGAGCUGGAGAAGUGUGUGAACGAUCCAGACAGUCUGGCUCAGCUCUUCAUCAAGCAUGAACGACGUCUUCACAUGUACGUAGUUUACUGCCAGAACAAACCCAAGUCUGAACACAUCGUCUCCGAGUACAUUGAGACAUACUUUGAGGAUCUCAGGCAGCAGCUGGGUCACAGGCUGCAGCUCAAUGAUCUCCUGAUCAAACCCGUUCAGAGGAUCAUGAAGUAUCAGCUACUGCUAAAAGACUUCUUGAAAUAUUACAGCAAAGCUGGGAGGGAAGUUGAAGAGCUGCAGAAAGCGGUGGAGGUGAUGUGUUUUGUGCCAAAACGCUGCAAUGAUAUGAUGAACGUGGGAAGGCUGCAAGGUUUCGAGGGGAAAAUUACAGCUCAGGGGAAGUUGCUCCAGCAGGACACUUUUUCUGUGAGCGAACAGGAAGGUGGCCUUUUGUCCAGAGCGAGGGAGAGGCGAGUCUUCCUGUUUGAGCAGCUCGUCAUCUUCAGUGAGCCAAUUGAGAAGAAAAAAGGCAUCCCUUUGCCUGGAUAUACCUUUAAAAACAGCAUUAAGGUCAGUUGCUUGGGCGUGGAGAGUCCUCUUGAAGAGGAUCCGUGCUGUUUGGUCCUGACCUCCCGGGCGACUGACGGUAGCGUAACGCGCUUCAUCAUGCACGCAUCGUCUCCAGAGAUACAACAAGCAUGGUUUGAUGAUGUGAUCCAGAUCCUAGAGACUCAGAGGAACUUCCUAAACGCUCUCCAGUCCCCGAUAGAGUACCAGCGAAGAGAAAGCAUGUCAAACAGCUUAGGAAGGUGCGCAAAGUCUCCAGCUGUGUCAUCACCUGGCCUGUCGUCUCCCCCGUCAUCCUCCGUGGAGUGGCAUCACCAGUCCUGUCUCCUGUCCUACAACAGCUCUCUGCCCUCUCUGCACUCCCCCCGACUCCAGCAGUCACUGAAGGCGUCUAGCACGUGUGCUGAAACCCUUCGAGCGGCUCGCCCCCCGUUUUCCUCACACCAUCAGCUCAGUUUGUGCACAGAG